AUGGCGGGCAGCAGUACGGCUCAGAAGACCUGGGAGCUCACCAACAGCAUGCAGGAGGUUCAGAGCAUCGACGAAAUUUACAAAUAUGACAAGAAACAACAACAGGAGAUCCUCGCUGCAAAGCCUUGGACCAAAGACCACCACUACUUCAAGUACGCCAAGAUUUCUGCGCUAGCACUACUGAAGAUGGUGAUGCACGCCCGCUCCGGUGGCAACCUGGAGGUGAUGGGUCUCAUGUUGGGGAAAGUGGACGGCGAGAGCAUGAUCAUCAUGGACAGCUUUGCGCUGCCCGUGGAGGGCACGGAGACCCGAGUCAACGCACAGGCCGCUGCUUAUGAGUACAUGGCAGCCUAUAUUGAGAACGCCAAGCAGGUGGGUCGACUGGAGAAUGCCAUCGGCUGGUACCACAGCCACCCUGGCUACGGAUGCUGGCUGUCGGGCAUCGACGUCAGCACUCAGAUGCUCAACCAGCAGUUUCAGGAGCCCUUUGUAGCUGUAGUGAUUGACCCUACAAGGACUAUUUCAGCGGGUAAAGUCAACCUAGGUGCCUUCAGGACGUACCCAAAGGGCUACAAGCCUCCUGAUGAAGGGCCCUCCGAGUAUCAAACCAUCCCUCUGAAUAAGAUUGAAGAUUUUGGUGUACACUGUAAACAGUAUUAUGCCCUGGAAGUAACGUAUUUCAAGUCAUCCCUGGACAGAAAGCUGCUGGAGCUCCUUUGGAACAAAUACUGGGUCAACACGUUAAGCUCUUCCAGUCUCCUCACGAACUCGGACUACACCACGGGUCAGGUGUUCGACCUGUCUGAGAAGCUGGAGCAGUCGGAGGCCCAGUUGGGUCGGGGAAGCUUCAUGCUCGGCCUGGACACGCACGACAGGAAGUCUGAGGACAAGCUGGCCAAAGCCACCCGAGACAGCUGCAAGACGACCAUCGAAGCCAUUCACGGCCUGAUGUCACAAGUCAUUAAAGACAAACUCUUUAAUCAAAUCAACACAUCUAAUUAA